UGUUCUUUGUCUUUGAAGAUGUUCACAGUGCAGCUGACUCUUGGAGAGCAGACAUGGGAGGCUGAAGGAAGCAGUAUUAAAAAGGCCCAACACGCUGCUGCUAGCAAAGCACUGAAUGAAACCACCCUUCCCAAACCAACUCCUAGACCACCCAAAAAUAAUGUUAAUAAUAAUCCAGGCAGUAUAACUCCAACAGUGGAGCUGAAUGGUCUGGCUAUGAAAAGAGGAGAGCCUGCCAUCUACAGGCCAUUAGAUCCAAAGCCAAUCCCUAAUUAUAGAGCAAAUUAUAAUUUUCGGGGCAUGUACAAUCAGAGGUAUCACUGCCCAGUGCCUAAAAUUUUCUAUGUCCAGUUAACUGUUGGCAACAGUGAGUUUUUUGGUGAAGGAAAGACUCGUCAAGCUGCUAGACAUAAUGCUGCAAUGAAGGCCCUUCAAGCUCUCCAGAAUGAGCCUAUUCCAGAAAAAAUACCUCAGAAUGGAGAAGCAGGAAAAGAAACAGAAGAAGAUAAAGAUGCAAACAAGUCUGAGAUAAGUGUAGUGUUUGAAAUUGCUUUGAAGCGCAAUAUACCUGUCAGUUUUGAGGUGAUUAAAGAAAGUGGACCUCCUCACAUGAAGAGCUUCGUCACACGAGUUACCGUAGGAGAAUUCACAGCAGAAGGAGAAGGGAACAGUAAGAAGCUCUCAAAGAAACGUGCUGCAAUGGCUGUCCUGCAGGAGCUUAAGAAACUUCCUCCUCUUCCUGUGAUUGAAAAGCCCAAGCUGUACUUUAAAAAGCGCCCCAAAACAAUAUUGAAGACCGGACCAGAAUAUGGUCAGGGAAUGAAUCCCAUCAGCCGCCUGGCUCAGAUCCAACAGGCCAAAAAGGAGAAGGAGCCAGAGUACGUCCUCCUUUCGGAGAGAGGAAUGCCUCGUCGCCGGGAGUUUGUUAUGCAGGUAAAAGUAGGUAAUGAGGUUACUACUGGAACAGGCCCAAACAAGAAAAUAGCUAAAAGAAAUGCAGCAGAAGCUAUGUUGCUACAGCUUGGUUAUAAAGCCUCUACUCCUCUUCAAGACCAGACAGAAAAGCUCGGAGAUAAUAAGAGUUGGAAUGGCCAGAAUGUUGGGUUUCCUGAGCCAACGAGUAACACACCAAAGGGAAUACUCCAUCUCUCUCCUGAUGUUUAUCAAGAGAUGGAAGCAAGCCGCAACAAAGCAGCCCCUGGUACCACUGUAAGCUAUUUGCCCUCCAAAGAAAUGAGCCAGACUUCUAGCUCUUUCUUCAGCAUAUCUCCUACAACAAAUAGCACAGCUACCAUUGCCAGGGAACUUCUCAUGAAUGGAACGUCCCCAACUGCCGAAGCCAUAGGUCUGAAAGGAAUAUCUCCUGCUUCCCCCUGUUCUGCAGUGCAGCCUUCAAAACAGCUGGAGUAUUUGGCAAGGAUUCAAGGCUUUCAGGUACACUACAGUGAUAGACAAAAUGGCAAAGAGUGUAUGACCUGUUUGACACUGUCUCCUGUGCAGAUGACUUUCCAAGGUAUCGGAAGCUCCAUUGAAGCCAGCCAUGACCAGGCAGCGCUAAGUGCCUUGAAACAGUUUUCAGAACAAGGACUGGAUCCAGUGGAAGGGGCUAUGAAAGUUGAAAAUGGAUCACUUGAAAAACAAGUCAAGCAUCUGGGAGAGAAAGCAGACAAUAAACAGACUAACUCAGGCACCAUUGCUCAGGACUGCAAGGAUUCAAAGGCUGUCGUCUAGGAGCUUCCCAGCGCCCACGGCUGCCACUGCAUCCUUAUAAACCUGUCAACACGCAAUAGGGUGUAUGUGUACAAGGAAAUGAAUGACUAAUACCAUUAUUUGAGUCUUAUGUGAAGACAACGCUAUUCUAACACAAGAGAUAGUAUACAUGGUACUGUUUAUUCAACUGUGGAAAAAAUAGAAUUGAACAUUUCCCUCAGAGCUUGAGAUCAGAGCAUAACUCAAUUGCCCGGAGGCAGAAGAAGUCUGAUCAUGUUACUGGAGGUCAAAAUAACAGCUAAUUAACAAAAGGUGUUAGAUAAAAAAAGGGAAAUUUUAAAAUUGAUUAAUACUGAGGAAAACAAGUCAGCAUUGGUUCAGUUAUACAUUUUUUUCGUAGUGUAGUUUAAGUUCAGCUUACUGUUUUUUAAAUAAUGCUUGAAUAUUUUAAAAAUAACCAAUGACAGUGCUGUGAGAAUUGUAGUUGUUGUCUUCAUAUAUAGUCAUACAGCUUCUCUUUUUAUGCAGACAUUAUGCAUUCUUCAUUCUAUAUGAAUAUGUAUGACUUUAAGAUGCACUACUCAGAGUUGUAUGCAAACAGAAGUUUAAAUCAUGACAAGUAUUUGCUUAACAUGAACAGAUGUUAGUUAUGAUCAGUCUCAAUAUACUCCAGGAAAAGCAGAUAUGGUAUUUGAUUUUCCUUGCCAUAAUCAACUAAAGAGGCGUCUUGCCUCCAAGCAACAUUUUCCCCUUCAAUUCUGCUCUCUGUUGUGUGAAGCACAUCUACACCCCAUUCUGUGUGUUGUACCAGCCCACCGUUUGCAUCAACUGAGUGUUUUUAAUCUCUGCAUUCUGACCAAGGGCAGAAGACAGGAUUGCAAUGUUAUCUAGCCAAGGAAGGAAAACUGUUGAUGUAAAGAUGGUGCCGUUGUAAAGGGAGUAGCAGCAGAGAUAAGACCUGUGGCUGCGCUCUGUGCCAGCAUAUUUCAUUCAAGUGUGUGGCCAAAUGCAGUAAAACCACAUCAGUUCAUGUGUA